AUGGGGAAUUUGUUCGUGAAGAAACCACAGAUCACGGAGGUUGAUCGAGCGAUUCUCUCUCUCAAAACCCAGAGACGCAAGCUCGGUCAAUAUCAGCAGCAGCUUGAGAAAGUAAUUGAAGCCGAGAAGCAAGCUGCAAGAGACUUAAUCCGGGAAAAGCGUAAGGACAGGGCUUUGUUAGCAUUGAGGAAGAAACGGACGCAAGAAGAAUUAUUGAAGCAAGUAGAUCAGUGGGUCAUCAAUGUUGAACAACAAUUGGCAGAUAUUGAACUUACGAGCAAACAAAAAGCAGUGUUUGAGAGCUUAAAGCAAGGUAGCAAUGCUAUUAAGGCGAUUCAAAGCGAAGUGGACCUUGAUGAUGUUCAGAAACUAAUGGAUGACACUGCUGAUGCCAAAGCAUAUCAAGAUGAGCUGAAUGCUAUAUUGGGAGAGAAACUAUCAGCAGAGGAUGAAGAGGAGAUAUUAGCAGAAUUUGACAACCUAGAAAGCCAGCUUAUUAUUGAUGAUCUGCCUGACGUGACUACAAUGGAGGAGUACGACGAAGCUGAGAAGCUGGAUCUUCCCGACGUGCCAACAAAAACACCGGUCGCUUCCAAUGUGGAAAUCACACCAGCUGAAUCAGCCACAAAGAGAAAAGUUCUUGAAGAACCUUUGCCGGCUUGA